AUGCCGAAGCUUUGCGGCUGCACCGGUGACUCCACGACGUGCAUGCGUAGGUGGCCGUGGAGUAAGAAGGCUUCAGCCGGACGACGCAGCACGACAAUCGGUGAGAGCGUAGACGACUCGGAACUAGCCACGUCUCCGUCCAUAGCCAAACCAGAGAUGGACGAGUCCUUCACCGCGCGCACCUCUGGCCAAGUGGAAACGCCGAAGUCCAUACGACCCCCGGUGACCUUUGACCUGGACGGACAACCACGCUGUAGACUGGAGAGCUUAGCUACUCAGCCAUCCACCGACGCCUACGUAGCCAUGCGUAAUCACUCUCUCGACAUCGAGGUUGGCAGUAUCUCGCCGCGAUACAUGGAAGCUAACUGCGACGCCAACCGCACUUUCCCCAACUUCUUCAACUCAAAACCAACCCGUGCGUCCACCCGCCUUUACCCCACGCACACCGCCGUGGUCAUUCGACGUGGCUCCCAGCUCGUUCGUGCUGGCCGACCCUUGCCCCUUAGCUCGCUGACUAGUCAGCAGUCUGCGGAGAGUUCCAAGAUUGUCUCAUCUACAACCCCCUCUGCAACUGUUCCCAGUCCCUCUGUCAACGAAAGUCACUCUGGAAAGGAGAAGUUUCUGGAUGAGACGUUUAUUGUUACACCGUUUGCCCAAAUUCUCGCUGGAUUACGCUCAGUGCAGACGAAUAUAGGCUGGCUCACCGAUCAUCAUACAAGCAAAUCUGGGUCGGAACAUGGUGCGUUUUGGAAAACCGGUGAUAAGGACACACCAUCGCCCGUGUCAGCGGAAAACUACGACCUUCUCGCUGCAGCCACCAAGAAAGAGCUUGAAUGGUGUCUCCAACAGCUCGAAAACAUUCAAACCAAGCGACCUGUCUCUGACAUGGCUUAUACAAAGUUCAAACGGCUGCUGAGCCAGAAACUGGGGAAUUUCACCAGUACAGACAAAACGCGAAAUCAAAUCUCCGAGUACAUCUCCAAAACGUUUAUGGAUGAGUACUCAGAGCAGGAAAACAACGACGGAGGCAGCUCAAACGCCCUGGCAGGUGGUAGCGAGGGGCUGAGCACCUCCCGAACCGAUGUGACCGGUUUCUCCUUGGAGUCCUCUGUGGACGAGGCAGAAAGCCGCACGUCGAGGCGGCACUCCAGGCCCGAUCGACAGGCGUCCGCCUCGCUGACCACCACCAAGUCUUCCUCCAUAACCGACCCAACCUCUUCUGUGACCACUCCCAACACAACCGUCUGCGAAAGCAAAUCCGGACAGCUUCCCUAUCUCGGAAUCACCACCUCUAACGACGCAGCUGUCCGGAAGGUAACUGUGUUAUCAAAAGUUUCACGCAUUAGUUCCUGAUCACUUGCCACCGCCAUCAAUGACGUUGGGAGUUACAUCUUGAAGUUGGCUAAAAUGUGGUUCAUUGAAGUGACCCAGUGCUCCUGUAGCGUUUCACUGACCUACAUGCGUGUCAAUCUCCGUCCGCACAAACGGAAUUACGUGUCUUCAAAAGAGGAACUCGAAGAGUCUCUGGAUACGUGGGGCCUGAAUAUGUUCAGCCUAGACGCCCUUUCGGACCAGCAUUCUCUCACGGUUGUGGCUUACCGCAUUUUCUCCAAUCGUGGACUCUUUAGUUCUUUCAACAUCGAUCCGGCAACCUUCGUGACCUACAUCCUUCGAUUGGAAUCAUCCUAUCAGAUUUCGAACCCCUACCACAACCACAUCCACGGCGCCGAUGUCCUCCAAGCUGUCCAUGUUCUCCUCCAAGCCGAAACCCUUGAUGGCGUUUUCAGCGACAUUGAAAUCCUUACGACGCUAUUUGCCUCUGCAAUUCAUGACGUACAUCAUCCCGGUGUAACAAACCAAUUUCUCGUCAACACAGGGCACAAACUGGCGCUUUUGUACAAUGACGCGUCUGUCCUGGAAAACCACCACCUAUCAGUGGCUUUCAAACUGCUAACGGAGCCAGGCUGUGAUAUCUUUGCUAAUCUCGCGCCAAAACAAAGGCAGUUUCUGCGGCGUCUAGCUAUUGAACUGGUUCUGGCUACAGACAUGUCGAAACACAUGAAUCUGCUGGCGGAACUGCGAACCAUGGUGGAAACUAAGGAACUCACCGGAACGGGUUUCCUUAGCCUGGACGACCACAAUGAUCGCAGUUUGGUUCUGCAGUGCAUGUUGCAUUGCGCCGACUUAAGCACUCCAACGAAACCCUUCGAGAUCUACAAACAGUGGACCUUCCGUGUGAUGGAGGAGUUCUUCAAACAGGGCGACAAGGAGAAGGAACUCGGACUCGAAGUCAGCGCCAUGUGUGACCGCGACUCUGUGGUUGUCGACAAAACUCAGGUAGGAGUCCUAGAAAUUGCUGCACUUAAGUCCUCAUUCCUUUCUGACACCAUGCAAUCUGACAGCAUAGUGGGCAGCACGAAGGAGGCCAAUGAAAAGCACCCGCUGACCACACCAAAUCAACUGCCUUUCCAUCUGCGGGAGAUCGGCUUUAUCGAUUUCGUGAUCCACCCGCUGUGGGACACGUGGUGUGACCUCGUGCAUCCCUCAGGCGAGCACAUUCUUGAGGCUCUGGACGCCAACCGCGACAUCAUCAUCAACGAGUCGCCCUUCAAGGAGUUCGAGAACCGAGCCAAAAAGAGCGCCUCCAACUCCAGCCUGGAAAACACCAAAGACAACGAAGAAUGA